AUGACUUUAAUACUCGGUUAUAAAGUGUUGCUUUUUCCUCCCAGGAGCACUUCUCCUAAAUCCAAGGAUUUGAAAAUAAAGAGGGAGAAGGAUGUGAAAAAAGAGGAAGAGGAGGAAAAUGAGAAGAAAGAGAAGGUGCAGCCUCUUUCUCUUGAAGAGCUGCUUGCUAAGAAGAAAGUAGAAGAAGAGGCAGAAUCUAAGCCCAAGUUCUUGUCUAAAGCAGAGCGGGAAGCUGAGGCCAUCAAACGGAGGGAGCAGCAGACAGAGGAUCGCCGCAAACAAGUGGACGAGGAGAGGAAGAAACGAAGAAUAUUUCAGGACAUCGGCAGGAAGAUGCUAGAGGAUCCUCAGGAGAGAGAAUGGCGGGAAAGAAGGGAGCGGAUGGAAAGAGAGAACAAUGGGAAUGAUGAAGAUGAUGGGCGUCAGAAAAUUAGAGAAGAAAAAGACAAAGGAAAAGAGCUGCAGGCCAUAAAGGUGAAGAGUCCUUCAUUGUCUUCACUUACUCAGCUGGAGAAAAGACUAACCACUUUAGAUCAAUAUCUUGGCUGAGAGUAAUCGUUACAAAAAAUAAAUUGGUAUUAAACAUUUCAUUCAUUGCCAAACAUCGAGGGUAUAGGAAAAAAACAUGAACAUUUUUAGAGUACACAGAAUUUCACAAUUUCAUGAACAGAUACAGAAUCACAUUGAUUAGCAGUUAGCAAAAUGUGUCAAGCAGAAAAGUUAACCUGUUAACCUACAGUGGAGCACCAGUGAUCCAUAUAUAUGUACAUAUAUACAUUAGGGCUGUCAGUUGAU